AUGUUUUAUUCUGUCUUCGCGCUCCGUUCAAUUUUGUGUCUAUCGUUCCUCGCUGCCGUUCAUUUUCCUCUUUUCAAGUGCUUAUUUUUUUCUUUCCUCUAUAUCUCCAUUCUUCCAACAUUUUCCCUCCGAUUUGACAAUCCUCUCACUCACCUUUCGUAUCUAUCUAUCUAUCUGUUUGUCUGUCUGUCUGUCUAUCUAUCUAUCUAUCUAUCUAUCUAUCUGUCCGUCUAUCUAACUAUCUGUCUGUCUGUCUGUCUGUCUAUCUAUCUGUCUGUCUGUCUGUCAGUCUUUCUAUCUAUCUAUCUAUCUAUCUAUCUAUCUAUCUAUGUUACUUGCUUUCUCUCGUUUUCCUGGUGGGCAGAGAGAUUUAUGAGUACGAAACGAGUUUUCAUUUUCAUGUCGUUGUUUGGAAACUGCCAUGAUCAUGCAAACGUCCUACCAACUGUUCCAACGGGCCUCGGUGACGAAGAGGUAGCAAAUCAUAUCUGUCUAUCUAUCUAUCUAUCUAUCUAUCUAUCUAUCUAUCUAUCUCAGUCUAUUCAUCUAUAUCUAUGUCAGUCUAUUGCACCACAUAUUUAUCUUAAUAUUAAUUUCAUUUUCAAAAAAAAUAUCUAUCUAUCUAUCUAUUCAUCUAUCUAUCUAUCUAUCUAUCUAUCUAUCUAUCUAUCUAUCUCAUUCAAAAACGGGCUAUCUAUUCUAUCUAAAUCUACGCAUAUCUAUGAAUCAAAUUUUCUUUUUCUAUCUAUCUAUCUAUCUAUCUAUCUAUCUAUCUAUCUAUCUAUCUAUCUCUGUCUGUUACUAUCUAAAUAUGCGCCUAUCUAUGAAUCAAAUUUUCAUUCAUAUCUAUUCAUCUAUCUAUCUAUCUAUAUCUAUCUAUCUAUCUAUCUAUCUAUCUAUCUAUUUAUCUAUUUAAUUAACUGGGUAACUAGCUCUGUCUGGAACAACACAUCUAUCAGCAACAGUUUGUUUCUCUUCUCCUCUAUCUCAGUCUCUGCAUAUUUAUCUCAGGAUCUAUCUAUCUAUCUAUCUAUCUAUCUGUCUUUCUGUAUCUAUCUAUCUAUCUAUCUAUCUAUCUAUCUAUCUAUCUAUCUAUCUAUCUAUUUAAUUAACUGGUCUCUGCAUAUUUAUCUCAGGAUCUAUCUAUCUAUCUAUCUAUCUGUCUUUCUGUAUCUAUCUAUCUAUCUAUCUAUCUAUCUAUCUAUCUAUCAUCUAUCUAGCUAUCACAGUAUCUAUCUAUCUAUCUAUCUAUCAUUCUAUCUAUCUAUCUAUCUAGCUAGCCAGGCUAGCUAG